AUAGUAAUAAUCACUCCAUAAUGAAGAGAGCUGUCCGCCGUGCAGCAGGUGAGACGCACACAGAGAGACGCAGAGCUGCUUCAGCAGUCACUCCGCAAACUUAACGGACUUGCACGUCAACACCUUCCGGGCCCGACAGAGGUGAUCCUGCGAAGCAGGAAGGAGAGCAGGAGAGCGCAGAAACACUUUUUUCCGGGAGGAGAGCGCAGUGUCGUAUAAUGUCAGUUGUGGGCGCGCAGCCUUUCAUCAAGCCAAUGCAGUCCCCACCUUCAGUUUCGCCCGGUAUCCAAAGGAGACACACGCUUCCCGCGAGUGAAGUCCGACCGCUCAACACGCAGGAUGCCAUAAGCGUCUUUGAAAUCGAGCGAGAGGCAUUUAUCUCAGUGUCAGGGGAGUGCCCCCUCCACCUGGAUGAAGUACGUCACUUCCUCACACUGUGCCCAGAGCUAUCCAUGGGCUGGUUUGAGGAGGGUCGGUUGGUGGCUUUUAUCAUCGGCUCUCUGUGGGACCAGGACAGGCUCACCACAGAAGCGCUGACGCUCCACAAGCCCUGCGGCUCCACCGUGCACAUCCACGUCUUGGCUGUCCAUCGCACUUUCAGGCAGCAGGGCAAAGGUCCCAUCCUCAUGUGGCGCUACCUGCAGUAUCUCCGCUGCCUGCCCAACGUGCGCCGAGCGGUGCUGAUGUGUGAAGACUUCCUCAUCCCCUUCUACCGCAAGUCGGGCUUCAAGGUGCUGGGGCGAUGCGCCAUCACCGUGGCCAACCUGACCUUCACCGAGAUGUGGUACCCAAUCAGCGGCCACGCGUACAUGCGCCGCAACAGCGAAGCGAUUCGUUUCCCUCAGCACCCCCUGACUGUGCCCCUGACAAAGACUGACGAACGCGUUGAUGUAUGAAGUGCUUACUGAGGGCCGAGCAGGCUGUCUUUAAUCUAAGAGGAAGGAAUUCAGUGUUGUUCUCUGUAGCAUCUUUCAGGGUUUGUCUCAAGUUUCCAGCCGUUUCUCUGAUUUGUUGGACUUUUGAUCCCAUGUGAAAUGAUUUUAAUAUGUAUAAUAAAACAUAUACUGUACUGUGACGUGUUAUAAAUAUGCGAGAAGAGUCAAGUAGUGAGUAACUGGAGUUAAUUGUCGCAUUUGUGGUAGACUUUGCGCUUGGGUGUAAAGCUGUCUUCUGCUAAGCACCUUCCUGGGCUUCCUACAACUGUGGUCUGACGUCAGUAAACCGGGCUUUAGCAGCUCAGUCACAGCUCCACCAUCCUCCAGCUCCUCCUCAGCUCCAUUAGGGGGCUUUAGCUAUUGUAAACGCCGAGUGGGGAUUAGUUAACCUGUAGGACCAAUGACCUUUACCUAAAGAAGCACAAACAGAGCAGAUUGGAGUUAGUUGUGACAACAGUUUGACAAACCAUGUAAUUUUUUUAAGUUCUUUUCUGUUACAGUGUUUCAAUAAAAUGUUUUAUACUGUU